GAGCACUAGCGACCAUUCACAAAAUCAUAAGACCCAUCAUGGGACUAUGUAGCCCCACUUUGUAACAGCAGUGUUUUGGGUCACCUAUGCUGGCACUAUGGCGGUAGAAACCAUCGCACCAGACUGGGAGUUUGACCGUUUUGACGACGGUUCACAAAAAAUACACACAGAGGUUCAACUGAAGAACUACAGCAAAUUUCUGGAGGAGUACACAUCUCAGCUGAAGGGCAUUGAGGAGGCUCUGGAUGACUCUAUUGGAGAUGUGUGGGACUUCACUCUGGACCCCAUCGCCCUGAAGCUUCUCCCAUAUGAGCAGUCUUCCUUAUUGGAGUUAAUUAAAACAGACAACAAGGUCCUGAACAAAGUCAUUACAGUGUAUGCUGCCCUCUGUAGUGAAGUGAAGAAGCUCAAGUAUGAGGCAGAAACCAAGUUCUAUAAUGGCUUAUUGUACUAUGGAGAGGGAGUGUCUGACACCAGUGUUGUUGAAGGAGAGUCCCAGAUUCAGAUGGGCAGAUUCAUCUCCUUCCUACAGGAACUGUCCUGUUUUGUAUCAAGAUGUUAUGAAGUGGUCGUCAACAUUAUUCAUCAGCUGGCUGCCCUCUACAACAGCAACAAGGGUGCAGCAAAAAUCAUUGAGUCAUCAGGUGUCCAUUUCCAGAUAGUGUAUGAGCACCUCGGGGAGUUGUUAGUGGUGCUGCUCACACUCGAUGAGAUUAUGGAAAAUCACGGCACACUAAAAGAUCACUGGAAGAUGUAUAAAAGAUUAUUGAAGUCUGUGCACCAUAACCCUGGAAAAUUUUCCAUCCCUGAAGAGAAACUGAAACCAUUUGAGAAGCUCCUGCUCAAGCUUGAGGGACAGCUGCUGGACGGCAUGAUACUGCAGGCCUGUGUGGAGCAGAGAUUCGAUGAUCCUGGGGAAGGAGUAGCUGUUGCCAAAAACAGUGCCUUCGCUGAGGAGUUUGCUUUCAACAUACGCACCAUAUUCACCAAUAUUGAGUCCAAGAUUGGUGAACCUUCAGAGAUUGACCAGAGAGAUAAAUAUGCUGGCGUCUGCGGUCUCUUUGUUCUUCACUUUCACAUCUUCAGGAGCGUCGACAAAAAGUUCUACAAAGCACUGCUAGAUGUCUGUAAAAAGGUCCCAGCUGUCACUCUGACCGCUAACAUUAUCUGGUUUCCUGACACUUUCCUCAUCGCUAAGGUCCCAGCUGCGGCCAAACUGAUAGAUAAGAAGAGUCUUCAGGGCAUCAGAACGCAGAGAGACACCUACCUGCAGCAGAGAGCUCAGACCCUAACAAAGGAUGUUCAGUCCUACUAUGUGUUUGUGACUUCCUGGAUGAUGAAGAUGGAGUCCAUCUUGUCUAAGGAGCAUAAAAGUGACAAGUUGGCAGAAGACCUUAACAGCAGGUGUAAUGUGUUUGUACAGGGUAUCCUGUAUGCAUACAGCAUCAGCACCAUCAUCAAGACCACCAUGAACAUGUACAUGUCGAUGCAGCGGCCCAUGACCAAGACCUCCGUCAAAGCUCUGUGUCGACUGGUUGAAUUGCUAAAGGCUGUGGAGCACACAUUUCACAGGCGGUCCAUGGUCGUGGCAGACUCCGUUUCUCACAUCACUCAGCAGCUGCAGUCACAGGCCCUCAACGCCAUUGGCAUGGCCAAGAAAAGGGUGAUUUCUGACAAGAAGUACAGCGAGCAGCGGCUGGAUGUGCUGUCAUCUCUGGUGCUGGCAGAAAACGCUCUGAAUGGACCCAGCACAAAGGAGCGACGCCUUGUGGUGUCUCUGGCUCUCUGUGUCGGCACUCAGCUGAAAACUUUCAAAGAUGAGGAGCUGCUUCCACUGCAGCUUGUGCUGAAGAAGCUGGAUCUAAUUAGUGAGCUGAGUGAGAGGGUCAAGCUUCAGUGUGACUGCAGUUUCCUUUACUGGCAUCGAGCUGUGUUUCCCAUCUACCUAGAUGAUGUAUACGACAACGCCGUGGACGCAGCACGACUACACUAUAUGUUUAGUGCGCUGAGGGACAGUGUGCCAUCCAUGUUGUACGCCAAACACAUGGAGUCAUGUGACCAGCUACUGGAGAGCUACGACAAGGAGAUUAUGGAUGUUUUCAACGAGCACCUGCUGGACAAGCUGUGUAAGGAGAUUGAGAAGGAUCUGCGUCUCUCUGUCCACACUCACCUGAAGCUGGAUGACAGGAACCCCUUCAAAGUUGGCAUGAAGGACCUGGCCCACUUCUUCUCCCUCAGACCCAUCCGAUUCUUCAACCGUUUCAUUCAUAUCAAAGCCUAUGUGACCCACUACCUGGAUAAAACCUUCUACAACCUGACCACAGUUGCUCUGCACGACUGGGCCACCUACAGCGAGAUGAGAAACCUCGCCACGCAGCGCUACGGACUUACGAUGACAGAGGCGCACCUGCCCAGCCAGACCCUGGAGCAGGGUUUGGAUGUUUUGGAGAUCAUGAGGAACAUCCACGUUUUUGUCUCUCGCUACCUUUAUAACCUCAACAACCAGAUCUUCAUAGAGAAGGCAAGUAACAACAAGCACUUGAACACCAUCAACAUCCGUCACAUCGCCAACUCCAUCCGCACCCACGGCACAGGCAUCAUGAACACCACGGUGAAUUUCACCUACCAGUUCCUGCGUAAGAAGUUUUACAUCUUCAGUCAGUUUAUGUACGACGAACACAUCAAAUCCAGACUCAUCAAGGACAUCCGCUUCUUCAGAGAAACAAAGGACCAGUCUGAUCAGAAGUAUCCAUUUGAGCGAGCCGAGAAGUUUAACCGUGGCAUCAGGAAACUGGGCAUCACUCCUGAUGGACAGAGCUACCUGGACCAGUUCAGACAGCUCAUCAGCCAGAUUGGUAAUGCCAUGGGUUACGUGCGUAUGAUCCGCUCUGGAGGCCUCCACUGUUGCAGCAGUGCUAUCAGGUUUGUCCCAGACCUGGAGGAUAUAGUCAACUUUGAGGAGCUGGUGAAAGAGGAGGGACUGUCAGAAGAGACCCAGAGAGCUGCUAGUGUGCUGGAUUCAGUGUUGGGAGAUCUGACCAGCAACUCUGCCGAGGGGACGGAGUACUUCAAGAUGCUGGUGGCAGUGUUUGCACCCGAGUUUCGCAGUGCAAAGAACAUGCACCUGAGAAACUUCUACAUGAUUGUACCCCCUCUGACUGUGAAUUUUGUGGAGCAUUCCAUCAGCUGUAAAGAGAAACUCAACAAGAAGAACAAAACUGGAGCUGCUUUUACAGAUGAUGGCUUUGCUAUGGGUGUUGCAUACAUUCUGAAGCUGCUGGACCAGUAUCUGGAGUUUGACUCGCUGCACUGGUUCCAGGCUGUCAGAGAUAAGUACAAGAAAGAGAUGAACGCCGUGGUGAAGGAGCAAAAUGUGCAGUCCGCCAGCCAGGAUGAAAAGUUACUGCAAACUAUGAACCUCACUCAGAAGAGGCUGGAUGUCUACCUUCAGGAGUUUGAGCUGCUCCACUUCUCCUUAAGCAGCGCCCGGAUCUUCUUCAGAGCGGACAAGACUGCAGCCGAGGAGACUCAGGAGAAGAAGGAUAAAGAAGAAGCUGCUAAAGGAGGUACCCCAGAUGGCUCCACCCCCACUGAUCCUGCCUCAAAGUGAUGCUCACGUGUUGGAUUGUCACUCUUGAGAAUACUUUCAAAUGAGUGAAGUAGACACAUGGAUAGAAGAUGAAGAGAAGAUCUCAAGCAGCAGCUGCACGAAGACGUGCGUUUCGAUGAUAAAAAGACUGGAAACUGGAUAAAACAGCAGACAAGGGAGGGAGAAUGUAGGAUUUUUAUGUCAGCGAUCAUCUUCAUCAGAGAAAGAAUUUGUAUUCAAAGUGCUACUGCAGGAAGUGUCUUUUUGUUUUGUUUCCAUUCAACAGAAACAUCGAUUUAACAUCCCCAUGGCUUUCAAUUUGUAGCAUUUACGCAAGUGACUGCAAUUUGAAAACGUCAGUUGGCAUAACGAGCGUAAGGUAAAAAUUAAUCCUUUCCUUUGCCACGCAGCCUUUUGAUACUUUUACACUCAGUCUGGACAGACUGGAUUAUUUUUCUACAGUUUCUCAGCUGCAUGUGUGUUCUCUGCUCAUCAGGGUUCAAUCUUUGACUAAUUUGCAUUUGUGUUUUGAUUUCAGUGCUGCAUUAUUUCUUUGUUGGUGUUCAGUGUACUAAUUGUGAUAACAUGAUUGUUCACAGCCUUAAAUGGCAGCUCUGUUCUUAAUGCCUGUGUAGAGUAGCAGACUAUUGAGGACUCUUGAGAAUGUUUUUCAAUGUAAAAUCAUCAUCUUGUGUGCCAUAUUUGUGUACUGCUAAUUUGUUUCAUUUUAUACAUUGUAUAGGUGAAGGUGUAUGUGCCUUUCUAAACCGUGGAUGUGUGUUUCAGUAACAUAAUGAAUUAAUAGUACAUCUAAACACACAAUCCGGUGAGUGUUGCACAAUACUGAAGAGUCAUUAUUUCUCUGCAGCACUGAAGGUAUAUCAUUACAGUUUUAACAUGCCUCUUGAUUUUAUAUCUAUCAACAUGUGGUACAUGUGAUAAUAAGGCCAUAAUUUGGUCAAAAUUACAUUCCAUGAAUUAACUUGCUUGAAGAAGAAGUUCUGUAAAGUCUUUGAAGACUAAUAAAACUUGCACUUUUAACUUAGAA